GUCAUCCACGCUGUUCGAUCUCCGUCACCCUCCAGGAAUUCGCACCACUGCACAACAAUCGGCCGAAUUAACCGAGCAGAUAGCGGUGCGAUCAUAUAAACACAGCUUAUAAAUUAUAUUCUGUAGCUCUUUUGAGCUAGAAUCGCCAAGAUGGGUCAAGGACAAUCUGGUAUGGGAGGAGAUGGAAAGGAUGAUAAAGAUAAGAAGAAGGAUAAGCCCAAGUACGAACCCCCACCAAGACCUACGACCCGCGUUGGGCGCAAGAAGAGAAAGGCUGGCGGCACCAGCGCUGCUGCUAAGCUCCCUGCUGUCUUCCCUACAAGUCGAUGCAAGCUACGCCUUCUACGAAUGCAGCGAAUCCACGAUCACUUGCUACUGGAAGAGGAAUACGUGGAGAACCAAGAACGCCUCCGCAAGGCCAAGGCGACCAAGGAAGGUGCUGUUGUCGCUGCCGGGCCCGAAGCCGAUGCCGACAGAAACGCUGACGAACGUGGCCGCGUUGACGACAUGAGAGGCAGCCCGAUGGGUGUAGGCACGCUGGAAGAGCUGAUUGAUGACGACCAUGCUAUUGUCAGCAGCACAACAGGCCCCGAGUACUAUGUUAGCAUCAUGAGCUUUGUUGACAAGGACUUGCUGGAGCCUGGCGCAAGCGUGCUUCUACAUCACAAGAGUGUGAGCAUUGUUGGUGUCUUGACAGACGAUACAGACCCCAUUGUCAGCGUCAUGAAGCUUGACAAGGCGCCCACAGAGUCGUACGCCGAUAUCGGUGGACUGGAACAGCAGAUUCAGGAAGUCAGAGAGUCGGUAGAAUUACCUCUGCUGCAUCCAGAGCUGUACGAAGAAAUGGGUAUCAAGCCUCCCAAGGGUGUUAUCCUCUACGGUGCCCCUGGUACCGGUAAGACGCUACUAGCCAAGGCAGUAGCAAACCAGACGUCGGCAACCUUUUUGCGCAUUGUAGGCAGCGAGCUUAUUCAGAAGUACUUGGGUGACGGUCCAAGACUGGUUCGACAGCUGUUCCAGGUUGCUGGUGAAAAUGCGCCAUCGAUUGUGUUUAUUGAUGAAAUCGACGCGAUUGGUACGAAGCGAUACGACUCCACAUCCGGUGGUGAGAGAGAAGUCCAGCGAACUAUGUUAGAACUGCUCAACCAGCUGGACGGUUUUGAUGACCGGGGUGACGUCAAGGUGAUUAUGGCCACCAACAAGAUUGAGUCUCUGGAUCCGGCCCUGAUCCGUCCUGGUCGCAUUGACCGUAAGAUUCUGUUUGAGAACCCCGAUACCAAUACAAAGCGCAAGAUCUUUACUCUCCACACCUCGAAGAUGAAUCUCGGAGACGACGUCGACUUGGAGGAGUUUAUUUCGCAAAAGGACGAUCUUUCUGGCGCUGACAUCAAGGCUAUCUGUUCUGAGGCGGGUAUGAUGGCUCUGCGUGAGCGUCGUAUGCGCGUGCAAAUGGCAGACUUUAGAACCGCCCGCGAGCGUGUACUCAAGACGAAGCAAGAAGGAGAACCAGAAGGCCUGUAUUUGUAAGAGUGGCAUCGGCCUCUUAUAGAGCUGGUCCAUAGCAAUAGAAGAUGUUUUAAGCAAUCACCUGAUGUUGCCUCAUAUUUGAUGAA